UUUCCGAAACUGCGGGUCGGCGAUGACAGGAAGUGACGUCAUUUCGCACAUGCGCGGAACCGAUCGUGUUGCUGUACGGAUAGAGUAGCGACAGUGUCCUUCCGGAUGGAUACAUUGUGGUUAAGAGGACGGUGCAUGUCGUAGGUCGCUCUGGACGAUAAAGGUGAGUUCAGUGGGAAUUAGACACGGUGUGAAAUCAGUAGACGGUAUGUCCGGGCGCGCGAGAGGAAAAUCACGUGGCAGAGAGACUGGGGCCCGAGGCGAGCAACCACCUCUGCCCCAGAAGGAAGCUCAAGCCGUGUGGCCACCACCGCCUGAGAGAGAGCUCCGAGGGAGGGGAAGACAGAAAUCUGCCCCCGUGGCGGCGGCAGAAGGAGAAAAGCCAUAUCACUGCUCGGAGUGUGGGAAGAGUUUUACGCAGCAGAGUAGUCUCCAAAUACACCAGCGCAUUCAUACAGGAGUGACGCUGUAUCACUGCUCGGAGUGUGAGAAGAGUUUUAUUACACAAAGUAAACUCCAAAGGCACCAGCACAUUCAUACAGGAGUGAGAGGGUAUCCCUGCUCGGAGUGUGGGAAGAUUUUUACGCAGCAGAGUAGUCUCCAAAGACACCAGAUCAUUCAUACAGGAGUGAGACCGUAUCACUGCUCGGAGUGUGGGAAGAGUUUUACACGGCUGAGUAGUCUCCAAAGACACCAGCACAUUCAUACAGGAGUGAGACCGUAUCACUGCUCGGAGUGUGGGAAGAGUUUUACACGGCAGAGUAGUCUCCAAAUACACCAGCGCAUUCAUACAGGAGUGAGACCGUAUCACUGCUCGGUGUGUGGGAAGAGUUUUACGCAGCAGAGUAGUCUCCAAAUACACCAGCGCAUUCAUACAGGAGUGAGACCGUAUCACUGCUCGGUGUGUGGGAAGAGUUUUAUUACACAACGUGAUCUCCAAAUACACCAGCGCAUUCAUACAGGAGUGAGACCGUAUUACUGCUUGGAGUGUGGGAAGAGUUUUAUUACACAAAGUAAACUCCAAACACACCAGCGCAUUCAUACAGGAGUGAGGCCGUAUCACUGCUCGGAGUGUGGGAAGACUUUUAUUACACAACGUGAUCUCCAAAUACACCAGCGCAUUCAUACAGGAGUGAGGCCGUAUCACUGCUCGGAGUGUGGGAAGAGUUUUAUUACACAAAGUAAACUCCAAACACACCAGCGCAUUCAUACAGGAGUGAGACCGUAUUACUGCUCGGAGUGUGGGAAGAGUUUUACGCAGCAGAGUAAACUCCAAAUACACCAGCGCAUUCAUACAGUACAUACAAAAGAUUGACCUUUUCCUGUCUAUGGAAUAUUUUAUUUGUAAAUAAAUGAAAAGAAAAAAAAAGUUGCUAAUAAAUGUAUUACCUUCUUUUCAGAUAGGUUUAAAAUACAUAAAGUCUGUGUCAUGUGUUAUUUUUACAUUGAACCAUAAAUCCUGUAAUAUUUUAAGCUCAUUUUGGGGUCAUUUGGUCAGAGAUUCUACACAGACAUUAUCAUUGGUAGGACUACAGCCAUUAUCGCCUGUAGUUUUUUGUCCUACCCGUUUUCAUAAAUUCCCAAAUUCUGUGCAAUGUAUUGGAUGCUAAAUGUACUGUCCAAUCAUCGUGGGGAUAUAAGAUAGUUUUAAACAAUCCAAACGAAGGAAGGCGGGACGUGUCUGAAUACGGGUGGGAAAACAAACAUAAGAGUAACCACGAGCACAAACACAGCAAUGCCAACCUAGCCUUCUAAGUUGAUGCAGCUCUUCACGUCCGCGCUUUUUUGUUGUUUUUCUCGGCAAUAUUGGGGUUCCAAAAUUUUACAGAUGGAUAUCCGAGCGAUAUCCGUGUUUGAGCGAAGCUGUGAAGGAGCACCAGGUUUGUGUUCAUAAAUGAUGCUAGUUAGCUUUAGCACUAGCAUCCGGCUAACACUUUACCUCAGUCAGGGCUGUGUAUGUUUACAGGUGUAUUUACACACUGUUAGUGAUUAAUUUUAGCUAAAGAAGGCAGAAAUAAAAAUAAUAUUGUAAUAGUUUUACAUUAAAAUGCUGUAAAGAUUUUUUACUACAUUACACUGUAAUAUAUUAUUUACCAAUAUAUUCCUGUAUUGUAUAUACAUGAUAAUGAAAUCUGAAUAAAAUGUAAUUUAUAGAA